UCUAGUAUAUCUGUUCUCUUCACAUUACUAAUAAACAACAGCAUCUGUAAUGUCUGCCUGCACCAAGAGAAGUAAAACGGCUUCCCCGAUGUGUAGGCCUGACCACUCAGCUCAGUCUGUAUUUGUUGGUCAUCUUCAUUCAUUACUGGCUGGAGGGGAAGAAGAAGCAAUUAUUGAUCUGCUAAGAAGUCAAGUCCAACAUGUUGAUGCCGUCAUCGAGCUCUCCAACUGCAAUGACUGGAUGAAGGAGCCACAUGCACCAAUCCCUCCGCAGGUGUUAUUAGGAUUGUGGACUCUGGAAUACACACAAGAGUUAACAUCGCCCUUAUGCAUAACAGCUUCCCACGGUUAUACAGAAUGUGUCCGAUAUCUACUGCACCGCCGGGCCGACCCCAAUGCUGCACCUGGAGGUCGUUCUCCACUCCAUAAAGCUUGCAAUGGAGGGCACGAUACCUGCGUCCAACUACUGCUGGAACAUGGGGCCAAUCCAAACCACCGCAGUGAUGAAGGUCUUACCCCUCUACACCUCUGUGACACUAAAAACUCUUUAAGAUGUGCAGAGGUGCUCCUACAGCAUGGGACCCUUCUGAAUCAAACCACAGAUGAAAUGCAGGACACUCCACUCCACAUUGCAGCACGGCUAGGUCUUUUAGACCAUGUAAGAUCAUACCUCCGCUAUGGAGCAGAUGUCCAUGCUAGGAAUGCCAAUGGUGAGACUCCUUUGAUUUCAGCCUGUGGAGGAAAAUGUGAAUAUGAGGAUACAUGCCUGCAAAUUUGCCACCUUCUUCUAGAGAAGGGAGCAAACGUAGAAGCACAAGACCAGCAAGACAGAAGACCACUCCACUAUGCUUGCAGAAAAGCUGAACACCAUCUGGUGGAGUUGCUUCUUAAAUAUGGUGCAGAUGUCAAUGCUGCCGAUUAUAAUGGAGUCCUGCCUCUGAGCUGUGUGUUACAAAAUGCUGAGCUGUACCAAGACAAGAGACCCCACCUUACUGUACGCGCUCUGCUUAACCGUGGAGCCCGCAGUGUGUGUCCUGAGGCUUUCGGGAAGGUUCUGCGGUGCUGUUCUGGACUCCCUGAAGUAAUUGCACUGCUUUACAACUCAUACUUAAACCUUCAAGUCUGCAGCAGGUGGAGACAAGAUAUCCCACAGGAUGUGUUUCAGACUCAUCAGUCCUUCUACACAAGAUUCUUCAAUGUCUCCGGGAGCGUGCGAUCCCUGCAGCACUUGUGCCGAUUUACACUCCGCAAGCAUUUCGGUAGUCAGUGUCACCUUUUCAUUCCUUUACUACCAGUCCCUACAGUUAUUAAAGACUAUCUUCUGCUUGCCACUGAACAGCGCACCCGCCUGCUCUGAAUCACUAGGCUGCCAGGAAAGCACCCUCCAUUGUAAAUGUAACACCCUGCAAAAUGAAUAUUUUUAUUUUUGUAUUGUUCAUUUUUAUUUUCUAAGGCUUGUGAAAUACUAUAACAACCAUACUAUGAUGUAAAAAAAACUAUUGCAUUCAUUGGAAUAUACAUUUUAAAUAUACUGUGUGUGUGUGUGUAUAUAUAUAUAUAUAUAUAUAUAACUAUAUAUA